AUGGACGCAGCAGCUCCGUCGUCAGCUGUCGUCACGCGGUGCUCGAGAGAGUGGCACCCGAAGGGAGACGACGACGACGACAAUAGAGAGAGAGCGCGAGGGAUUGGGGGUGCGACACGCAUUCAUUUACACACACACACGACAGGUGUCAAGUCGCCUCGUGAGUCGCGUCCGUGGCUGACAAAUAUCGAGGCAGCGAUCGAGCGGGGAGACUGUUGUCGUCGUGACAGUUCAUUUGCUGGACGGUCGGACAUGGAGGUGGUACUUCACGAGAAGUAA